CACCCUUCUGUGAGGAGUAGGUGGUUCCUUGCUGUACUUGAUUGGUGUGAGUCUAUAUAGGAGGAGAGCCGCUCUUACUGGGCUCAUAGUCUGCGGGUGCCCUCUUGCUGCACAUCUCCCCCCCCAUAGGACUAUCUACUUUUUUUUUUCCUCAAGAUUCUUCUUUUAUUUUGGGGCUCUUUAACCAAGAGGAUUUACUUCAUUGUGACAGCAUGACGGAGACUAAGAAGAAAGAAAAGAAAGGGAGAAGGAAGGGUGGUAAGAAAGGGCAAAAAGAGGAAGGUGAUCCCACUCAAGCUUCGGCUCCAAAGUUAAAACCAUUGAGGUAUCCAUCAAUAGUGGGCGAGGGAAGCAAGCUCACAGUCAAGUGUGAGGCCACGGGGAACCCUCUGCCGACCUACAAAUGGUUCAAAGAUGGCAACGAGCUGAAGAAAAGCAAAAAAUUUCGAAUAAAGAACAGCCAGAAAAACUCCAGACUCCAGAUCAGCAAAGCGAAACUGGAGGAUUCUGGGAAUUAUACUUGUGAGGCGGAGAACCUGCUGGGAAAGGACAAGUCCACUGGCACUAUAAACGUCCAAAGCAUAACCACAACGCGAUCUCCAGGCUCAGGCCAUGGCAGAAGAUGCAACGAAACAGAGAAGUCCUUCUGUGUGAAUGGCGGCGACUGUUACGUCAUACAUGGUAUAAACCGGCUGUCCUGCACAUGUCCUGAAGGAUACUUUGGCCCGCGAUGCUCAAAGACUGAACCUCUGCGGUUGCACAUGCCCAAUCCUUUCAAAAAUCAUCUUGGGAUUGAAUUUAUGGAGGCAGAAGAACUCUAUCAGAAGAGAGUCCUGACAAUCACGGGCAUUUGUGUGGCUCUGUUGGUGGUGGGCAUAGUUUGUGUGGUUGCCUACUGUAAAACCAAGAAACAAAGAAAGAAGAUGCACAAUCAUAUGAGACAGAACAUGUGUCCAGAACACCCCAAUCGGAACCUCGCUAAUGGACCCAAUCAUCCAGGACCAGGACCAGAGGAAAUCCCCAUGGUAGAUUACAUAUCAAAGAACGUCCCAGCAACUGAACGAGUCAUACGGCCUGCCACAGAAGGAUCCUUCCCCGCCAGCCACACCUCUUCCAGAUCUCACAAUUCUUCCACGCGCGCCCAUUCAUCAACUCACAGACCCGAGGAACGGACGUGGAGCCUGGAACAUUCGGACAGUGUCCUCUCUGACUCACCGGGGAUGAUGUCAUCAUCAGUGGGGACCAGUAAAUGCAGCAGCCCCGCAUGCAUGGAGGCACGGGCCCGGCGGGCUGCACACUGCGCUUAUAAUGACCCGCAUCGGCCGGCCCUCCAAUAUGGGGACUCCUUUGACUCCCUGGGAGACUCUCCACAUAGCGACAGAUAUGUGUCAGCCCUAACGACACCAGCCCGCCUCUCGCCAGUGGAUUUCCAUUACUCAUUGCCCCCGCAGGUGCCUACCUUCCAGAUCACUUCGCCCAACGCCAGCCACGCCAUGUCCCUCCCUCCCGCUGUCCACAACCCGUACCCUCUGGAAGACAACCAGCCUCUGCUGCGCCGUUAUCAAGUGCCCCUCCACGACGCCCAGUGCCAGGAGGCCUACCGGCAGCAGCGGCGCACCUAUCCCAACGACAGCAGGGGCAGCCUGCCCUCCAGCCCCUACCGGCUGGCGGACGACGAAGACUAUGAGACCACCCAGGAGUAUCUCUCCUCGAGGGAGCAACCAAAGAGAAGCGGGUCGGGCGCACCCGAUAGCCGGCGUUGGCGGAGAUCCAGACUGAACGGCCACGUGGCCCCGCGUGGAUACGAGGCCUCCCGGGACUACGGCUCCCGGAGCUGUCUAACGGGAAGCGAGUCGGAGGAGGACGGCGAAAGCACGCCAUUCCUAAGUAUGCAGAACAUGAACGCUGAGCCCUCCACCAUCUACAGGCCGGUGGACAGUCGGACUCCUCAGUCGUCGGGGCGGCACAGUGGGCAUGGCAACAUGCAAACGAGACUUACGCACUCCCGCUCCAAACCGGACACGACACCCCAUUAGAGAGUGACCAUGAACCAACAAAAAAGUCAAUAUAGUAUAGACCUGCAUCUAUAAGAAAUAUUUUUAUUUUAUAUAACUGACAGAUAUUCUAAACAAAUGAAAUAUUUAUUUUCAUUUUAGCAAAAGUUGUCUACUAGUUAACAGCAAAGACUUUUUUAUAGGGAAAACUCUAUUUAUAUGUACAUUUUGAUUUACAGCAUAAAAAGAUGUGCCAGUUUUUUCACAACGUCAAAAAGAAAAAAAAAAUAGAGUAAUAUUGUGGUGCCUUUUGCUGUUUGCCGAUGCCAGAGGGCCAGUGGAGGUUUUUGUAGCCUUUCUUAUACGGACGCCUCAUUUUUUAUACACAUUAAUCUUUUCAUUUCUUUUCUUUCUCCGGAUAAAAUUUAUUUCCAAGUCGCAUCCUUUGAGGAGUCGCACCCCACUGGAACGUCCUUCCAUAUCACGCAAUAUAAACCACUUUCAAGUGUAUGUUUACAUCACCUGUAGGUUUUUGUUUUUAUUUGGGAUCAAAUCGAAUGCCUGGUUCGUGAAUACCACGUAGAAUUUUUUCACAUCUGGUUUGUGUGUGUGUGCGUGUUUGUGUGUGUGUGCGUGUAGUGAAUGUGUGUGCGCAUGUCACCUUGCUUGCAUGUAUCGAUAGAUUUGGAAUGGUUGUUAGUGCGGCGGCAUCGACCCUGAGGGUUUGCCGGUGCGUAUCGGAACUACACAGAACCAUUGUUAUAUUACGACUAUGCCCCUCCCCUCCCCUUCCCUGGCCCCGCCCCCUAGCACCACUGAGUAGGCGCAGGUGAAGCUGCGGUAGGUUAUGCAGGUUAUGCAGGUCAUUGCUUGAUGUGUUUACAGAUAUUCUUUACACCCCUCGCCCAGUCUGUCCCAUUAAGCCCCCCCCCCUCACCUUUUUCUGCAGGCUCCCUUCAUUUUAGCCUUUUACGAGCCUCACAAAUACUGAGCCGCUUGGCACAGGGUGACCCCUGCCAUCAGAGGUGGUGGGUAAAACAAAAAGAUUGCAUCUGUUUUCACUCAACUCUUAGUCCCCCCCCACCCCCUUCCUUAAAAUCCCAUACUUCCUCAUCCUUCUGUGUCCAUUCUGGUUUUUGUGGUCUCUGUUAGAGGCCACAUAGUGUCUCAGGAUUUCCACACACACACUCCCUUUCCACGCCAUCAUGCACUCGUAUCCUAAACAUCAAGUCAAGCAAGAGGAAAACAAACAAGACAACACAAGUGGAAUAGCUGUGAAAGGGAUCAUACAAUGCAAAAAUAUGCAAACUUUCUAUUUUGCUGUUUGAGGACAUCAUUUUCUAAGAGGUGACCGUGCGAUGUGUGCUGGAUGCCUGUAGUGUAGAAUGAAACAACAUGAUAUCCAGUCAAUGCAUAUUUAACACAGUUAUUUUCUUUUGUAAAAAAAAAAAAAAAAAAGCCAUCUAGCGAGUUUCUUGUGCGCAUACUUAUUUUAUCACUCAAUUUAGAGCGCUUCACUUUUACAUGCACAUUUCCAGUAAGGUCAAGUAGCAUUCAAAUAGUGUCUCCGAUAGUACUGUGCACCUACCGCUUUGUCUUAUUGACAGAUUUAGUCAUAUCGAAGUCAGCCUGAUGCAAGGAAAUACAUUCAAGCCCCCAGAAAAAUUCUGAAAUGUUUUGUCAUUGUUGGAAUGUUGCUAUUUAGCAUUCAAAAGAGAUGCGUACAAUUGAUCUGCACUUCAAAUGGAUAGUAAGUGGUAAUUGCACAGUGGUCUCUUUUUUUAUUAUUGGGAAUGGUCUUUGGUCACAUGUCACUUGCAGGUAAUUUCAAUUUCCCUGCCUCCUGAAGCCUCCUCUAACGUAAAUUCUGUGAUUCCCCUCACUUUGGCAAAACUCACCACUACCUGGCAUGCCCUGCUCCAGUCUCCUCUCUUUUCAUUUUAAGACCCACUUCCACCUGACCUCGCACCGUACACCCCCCCCACCCCCAGGCUUGAAACUCUUUUCCUCUGCAUGUCCUUGUGGUCAAGGUUAGAUGGGUGCAUGGUUUUAAAAAAAGGAGAAAAAAAGAAAAGCAGCGGACAAAUCUAUUCCAGUCAGUGAAAGUGUAUUUCAUUUAACAUUCAGCAAUAAAAAUACAGAGCCCAACCCUUGAACCCCCCCCCCCCAACCUCACCCCCACCCCUCCAUAUGUCAUUCCUGGAAUAUGCUAGAAAUAAAAGAAACAAUGCGAGAUUGUCAUAGAUUGUAAAAUAAAAUGAAAAAUGAUUCCACCUGUUCAUAUGAGGAAAAUAAAUCUUUAUUCAUAUCCUU